AUGUUUACCCACCAACCCACCUGGGAUGAUUGUCAGCAGCUCCUCCGAAUCCUGUUCACCACCGAGGAGCGAGAAAGAAUUCAACUGGAAGAUGGCUGGGACUACAACACGGCAGAAGGUAGGGGACGGCUACGCAUUUAUCGCCAGACUCUAAUGGCGGGUCUCCGGGCUGCUGCACGCAAGCCCACUAAUUUGGCAAAAGUGUAUUCAGUGAUACAAGGUAAGACAGAGAGCCCUGCCACUUAUUUAGAAAGAUUAAUGGAAACCUUCAGACAGUAUACCCCCAUGAACCCCGAGGCCCCUGAAAAUCAAGCUGCUGUUGUAAUGGCCUUUGUAAAUCAGGCAGCCACUGAUAUUAAAAAGAAACUCCAGAAACUAGAGGACCUGGAGGGAAAACAGAUUCAGGACUUACUCCGCAUUGCCCAGCGCGUCCUUAAUAAUAGAGAGACUCCAGAGGACAGGCAACUUAAAGCCACCGAGAAAAUGACCAAAGUCCUGGCCGCUGUUGUCCAAAAGCCCCUAGAUAAGGACCAAUGUGCCUAUUGCAAAGAAAAAAGCCAUUGGGCCCGAGAAUGCCCUAAAAAGAAAAAGCCACGUCAUGAUCAAAAACCGUGGCAGCCACAAACCACACCCGCCCUCUUCACUCAAGAUGCAGAAUAGGGGGGACGGGGUUCGGAUCCCAUCCCCGAACCUAGGGUAACGCUACAAGUGGAGGGGAACCCAGUUCAAUUUCUAGUUGACACAGGAGCACAACAUUCGGUCUUGAUCAGGCCCCAUGGAAAAAUUUCUCAAAAAUCUUCCUGGGUCCAAGGGGCUACCGAUAAAAAAUAUCCCUGGACCACCCAGAGGACUGUGGACCUAGGAAAUGGAAAGGUCACCCAUUCCUUCCUAGUCAUCCCCGACAGCCCAUGCCCCUUAUUAAAAAGAGACUUACUCACUAAAAUGGGGGCCCAAAUUCAUUUUACGCCAGGGGGCCCCCAAGUGACUGGCCCUCACAACCAACCCAUUACCACACUUACUCUAAGAUUAGAAGAUGAAUAUCGACUCCACCAGGGGCCACCCUCACAAAGUCAAAACAUAGAGCCCUGGCUCCAACAGUUUCCAGGAGCAUGGGCUGAAACCGGGGGUAUGGGGUUGGCUAAACAUCGCCCAGCUCUAUUCAUAGAGCUGAAACCGGGGGCAGAUCCAGUUCGGGUCCGACAAUACCCGAUGUCAAUGGAGGCCAGAAAUGGCAUCACGCCACAUAUCCAUCACCCCCUAGACUUAGGCAUCUUGCGUCCCUGCCAUUCAGCCUGGAACACCCCCCUGCUCCCUGUACGAAAACCUAACAGUGCGGACUAUCGUCCGGUACAAGAUCAGAGAGAAGUUAACCGCCGAGUCAUGGACAUACACCCAACAGUACCCAACCCCUAUACCCUCCUAAGUGCCCUCAGCCCAGAAAGACAAUGGUAUACUGUCCUUGAUUUAAAAGAUGCUUUUUUCAGCCUGCCUCUGGCCCCCAAAAGUCAAGAGCUCUUCGCCUUCGAGUGGUCCCAUCCUGAGAGAGGCAUAAAAGGGCAACUCACCUGGACCCGGCUCCCCCAAGGAUUUAAAAACUCACCCACCUUGUUCGAUGAGGCACUUCACGAGGAUCUGGGUGAGUACUGGAAUCAAAACCCCAAAGUGACUCUCUUGCAGUACUUUGACGAUCUUUUAAUCGCCGCUGAGACUGCCGAAGCUUGCUUGCAAGGCACCAAAAAUCUCCUCCGGACACUUGGUGCCCUGGGGUACUGGGCUUCAGCAAAGAAAGCCCAAAUUUGCAGAUCCGAGGUAACCUACUUGGGGUAUCUGUUAAGAGAAGGCCAACGAUGGCUCACUGAUGCACGGAAGGAAACCGUCCUCCGCAUCCCCCGACCCACAACGCGAAGGCAGGUAAGAGAAUUCCUGGGAUCGGCCGGGUUCUGCCGCUUGUGGAUACCUCGGUUCACCGAGAUAGCUAAGCCUCUUUACCUGGUCACCCGAGAACAGGCGCCCUUUGAGUGGACAGAGAAAACUGAGCAGGCUUUCCAGCAAAUCAAACUCGCCCUAUUGUCGGCGCCAGCCUUAGGGCUCCCCGAUGUCUCCAAACCCUUUCAUCUCUUCGUAGAUGAAAACAAGGGUGUAGCCAAAGCAGUGCUAACGCAACUCCUUGGUCCAUGGCCCAGGCCCAUUGCCUAUCUUUCAAAAAGACUAGACCCAGUAGCGGCUGGCUGGCCCCCUUGCCUCCGUAUGAUCGCUGCUACAGCUCUAAUGGUAAAGGAUGCUGAUAAGUUAACUAUAGGACAAGAGUUACAUGUUACAACCCCUCAUGCCAUCGAGGGAGUCCUCAAACAACCUCCUGACCGAUGGAUAAGUAACGCCCGACUGGUUCACUACCAGGGACUAUUAUUAAAUCCCCUCAGAAUCAUUUAUGCUCCCCCCCGAACACUAAACCCUGCCUCCCUGUUACCAGACCCGGACUUGGAUACUCCCCUCCAUGACUGCGCUGAGAUAUUGGCAUAGGUUCAUGGAGUUCGGGAAGAUUUACAGGAUCACCCGCUGCCAGACGCCGAGGUUACCUGGUUCACUGACGGCAGCAGCUUUGUACAUCAGGGUCAAAGGUACGCGGGGGCAGCAGUCACAACUGAAAUCGAGAAGGCAGAGCCUUUGCCAGCUGGCACCUCUGCCCAACGAGCUGAACUUGUGGCCUUAACCAAGGCACUGACUUUGGGAAAAGACAAGAAACUAAACGAGUAUACCGACAGCAGAUAUGCUUUUGCUACGGCCCACACACAUGGAGCUAUAUACAGAGAGAGGGGACUGUUAACUGCAGAGGGGAAAACUAUCAAAAACAAAGAAGAAAUAUUGGCUCUUUUAAAGGCACUCUGGCUGCCUAAACGACUAGCCAUCAUACAUUGCCCAGGCCACCAAAAACCGGUCACACCGGUGGCCAGAGGAAAUAAUUUGGCUGACCAGGUGGCCCGAGAGGCGGCCUUACAGGUGGACUGUGCUUUAAUGACCACCCUACCAGACCCCGGUUCAGCUAGUUUACCAGAAAAUCCCGCCUACACUAAAGAAGACCUAAACUGGAUCCAAAAAUUACCUUUAACUCAGUGCCUUAACGGAUGGUGGAGAGCAGCAGACUGUAGCAUAAUCCUCCCAGAAGAAAUGAAAAAUAAAGUCUUAUCCAAGAUGCACCGAGCCACUCAUAUGGGCACAAGAAAAAUGCAAGACUUAAUAAUAGUUACUAGCUGUAAAGCUUGUCAAUUAACUAACACCGCCAACCACGGGAAAAACCCUGGCUCCAGAACCUGCGGAACCAGGCCGGGAGCCUAUUGGGAAGUAGACUUCACCAAGGUAAAGCCUGGAAAAUAUGGAUAUAAAUAUUUGUUAGUGUUUAUAGAUACCUUUUCAGGAUGGACAGAGGCCUUCCCCACCAAGCAUGAGACUAUGCAGGUAGUAGCAAAGAAAAUGUUAGAAAACAUCAUACCCAGGUACAGAUUCCCUACCCUAAUAGGAUCAGACAACGGACCAGCAUUCAUUUCAAAGCACACCCACCAGGAAGUUUGGCCCAGAUUGAGAGCCAUUUAUGAGAACGGGCCCCCUCCUGAGCCGCAUCACUACCGACCCGGAGAUUGGGUAUACGUGCGGAGACACAAGCAAGAGACCCUCCAGCCACGGUGGAAGGGACCCUACAUUGUGAUCCUAACCACACCCACUGCUCUCAAAGUCGACGGGAUUGCUACCUGGAUCCAUUACACCCAUGCCCGACCAGCUGAUCCCUUUGCGGUUCGAGAAGACUUCGUGCCGGAAGCCAACACUGCCUGGACGGUUGACCAGAGUAAGACCCAUCCUUUAAAAUUGACUCUGCGUCGAAAACCUGACCCCGAAAACCGGCUGAGACCAAAGGCCUGGGUGUCCCAUACCAAGACUGUUGCUGCAGCUCUGGACCCACAAUGAUCGGAGGAACACUCAUUAGCGUGCUCCUGUUCACCUCCUACGGACUCAUAAGUAUUGCAGGCAACCCCCACAUACCCUAUACUUUAACUUGGGAGGUUUCUAAUUUAAAAACCCAGGAAGUCUAUAAUACUAUCCUGCUCUCCGCUUUACUCGGGCCUCUGGCCAUUCUACUUCUCGCUCUCACAUUAGGCCGCUGCAUCAUAAACAAAAUUAUUAAUUUUGUCCAAGACAGGUUCAAUGCUGUACAAUUAAUGGUCUUACGAACUCAGUACCAACCGCUCGAGACAUUACAAAUCGAAAACUGAAGAUCCAAGAUUGGCUCUUUAGGUACAAGGAAAAGGGGGGAAUGAAAGGAACAGCUUUGAAUCCAAAUGACAGCCCUGCCUUAGUUUAAAGCUAGGUUCUCUUUUCUGCUUAUUAUGGAUCUUUGAUAAGAAAUACAAUUGCUGAGAAGUCCGUUUUGCUUGCUGUUUGCUAUGAGCAUUGUGAGACCUUUCCUGAUUGUAACCCGCUG